AUGAGCUUCAACCGCCGCAGAGUGGCAUUGGCAUGCACUUUUUGCCGCCAUAGAAAACGGCGAUGCGAUGCCACGCGACCAUCGUGUCGCAAUUGCAUCGAGGCCGACGUCGACUGCCGCUACGAUGACACCCCCUCGCAGCGCAUCGACUCCAGCGGUGGCAGUCGCGAGAUCAUUAAUCGCCUCCAAGAGAUCGAGGCCAUGUUGCAACACCACCUGCCCGGCAUCUCUACGCUCACCUCCGGAGUCCAGGCCAUCGUCUCUCAGUCGCCUACCUUAUCCGCCACCUCCCCGGCGAGCCAAGCCUCAACUCUUCAGGCCGCCCGGAUUCUCUCUCACGAUCUUGCCGGCGCCGGAUCCUCUCAGCAAUGGCCGUUACCUAUGCGCAUGGAGCAGCAAUCCCAACUGCCCGGGAUGGCUGACGCGGAGCUCCCUCCGCUGACUAUCCCCGUCGGCCACAAGACGUCGUCCAACUACCUUCUUCGCCUACCCGCCAUGAAGCAGUUGAUAGGCGAAUAUCCCGCCGACCUGUUCUUCAUGCUCGAGUCACGGAAUCCGCUGCCCCCAGAGAUGCCAGCGCAUCCUACCCCUCCGUCGAUGAAUCCCUUGACCGCCGCCGAGCUGUCCAAGGAUGUCCUCGAUUGCUUCGUGUCCACAUUCUUCUCUCAUGUUUACCACAGCCACCCCAUACUCGACAAGGUCGAGUUCGACCGUAUCUACCAAGGGUUCCUCGAGAAUUAUUAUUCGGACCCCUGGAGCAUGGAAUCCAUCUUGUGUCUUGUAGUGUUUGCCUUGGGCGCCGCAAAGAUGGCACCACCGGGCGCCCACGGGUUCGAAUCAUCGCCACCGGGCAUGUUAUACAUGCAGGCCGCGCUUCCAACGCUGAUCUCCAUGUCGUCUUGGUCUGUUAACUAUAGCCUGCUACUGCCACAGGCCUUGGUGUUGGCGAGUGUUUACUUUGCCUACAUUAUCCGCCCGCUGCAGAGCUGGAGACUCGUGUAUUCUGCUUCUUCACUUUUGCAGUUCAAACUGUGUCGGUUACCCACUCGUGAUGGUGACGAGGCCUCGAGGGAGGCCAUCCUCCGCAUUUUCUGGUCCUGCUUCCUCGUCGAGUGUGACCGUUUGGCCGAGCUAGAGCUGCCCCAGAGCGGCUUGCAACAACUCAUAGACCAAACCAGCCUCCCAAGCUUCAGAGACGUCGACCAGUCGCAGUCAACAACCAGCCUCGCCGAAAUCUCGAUCCGCCGUCUGCUCAACCGCGUGCACAACUCGCUCUAUCCGCGGAAACGGAAUGUUCUUUCGCUAUCCUCGACCUCACUCACUGCGGUCGACGAGUUCUCAGCCGCCGAGAUCGCGUCCGUGACCUCGGUAUGCGAUGAGCUCUACCGGCAACUUAAUUCCUGGUACGAGUCGAUCCCGGAACCUUCUCGGCCGGCACUGGGCACAGCCCCCACGGGACACGAGCGCAAGUCGAUACUGCGAAUCCGCUACUACGCGGCGAGGCACAUUAUACACCGUCCCUUUGUCCUCUACAUUGUCACAAACGACCUUCAGCAUGUGGACAAUGCCGUUGUUUUGGAGAAGGCCGGCGUGUGCAUCGACAGCUGCCGGACCUACCUGCGCAAUACCACGGAGAUCCUCGCAAAGCAGAGCCAGUACACCUGGACCUUUUCCUUAUCGUAA